GCCUGAGGUGGGACUCUGCGUUCGAGGCCUCCCGCCACUGACCAGCACUGUGGCUCAGGCGGGUCACGGCCUGUCGGGCCUCAGUUUCCCUCGGGCAUGAAUCGCGGGACGGCUUCGCGGAUCGCGAGGCCUACGUGUCUCCCCCGCUGAAAUGUAAGCUCCAGGAGAGAGGGACUUUGUUUUGUCCACUGUUGUAGUCACAGUUAUUUUAACAAAUAGUUUCGGAGGGCCUUCCCAAGCCCUGCAAGGGGCUGGAUAUUGGGGGUUACACUGGGAGACAUUCUGGGGCUGGGGACAGCGGUGUAAACACAAAGGAAAUCAUUGCGGGAUGAAAACAGAAGUGAGGGGGUUGCUGGUUGGGUCACCUUAGAUCAGAGCACCUUCGUGAUCAGUACCACCUUAGACAUAGUGAUCAGGACAGGCCUCUCAGAUUAGCUUACUUGAAGACCACAAAUAAACUGUGACAAGUGCUAGAAGGGAAAAGCAAGAAGCCAUGAGGGCAUUUAACUCUGACCUAGCAUUAGAGGGCAGGGCAGUGAGGUCUGAACAGUGAUGGUCAGGAAAAUGGGACUCAGCUCCUUAAAUUGCCCAUAAGUUCAGGGCCUGGGUGGUCCCGUGGUGGUUGGGGGGGCGAUUAUCAGGGUUCAGGGAAGGCUUCCUGGAGGAGGUGGUGGUUUCAUUGGCCCCAAAGCCUGAGUAGGAGUUUUCAUCCUUUAGGAUGGGUUGACUGGCUUUGAGAAUUCUUUUGCAGGUGCCCCAGAAACCACGUGGUCAAAGGGCUGAGCCGUGUGGCCAGACAAGAGAGGCCCCUGCCUUUGCCCAGUGAGCUCUGCUGUUCUUAUGCGAGCCAUGAAGCUGAACGAGAGGAGUGUGGCCCACUACGCCCUGAGCGACUCCCCAGCAGACCACGCAGGCUUCCUGCGCACUUGGGGGGGCGCAGGGACUCCACCCACCCCCAGUGGCACUGGCCGAAGGUGCUGGUUUGUCCUUAAAGGCAACCUGCUGUUCUCCUUUGAGAGUCGAGAGGGCCGGGCCCCACUGAGCCUAGUGGUGCUGGAGGGCUGCACAGUGGAGUUGGCUGAGGCUCCCGUGCCUGAAGAGUUUGCCUUUGCCAUCCGCUUCGACGCCCCUGGAGUGCGCCCACACCUGCUUGCGGCAGAUGGGCCAGCUGCCCAGGAGGCCUGGGUGAAGGCACUGUCCAGGGCAAGCUUUGGCUACAUGCGUCUGGUGGUGCGUGAGCUGGAGAGCCAGUUGCGUGAUGCCCGCCACAGCCUGGACCUGCAUCGCCACUCAUCCUGGAAGGCCAUUCCCAGCCGCUGUAAGCCCCAGGCUUCUGACCACUGGUCUCCUGGCCUGGAGAAUGGUUACUCCCUCUCCAGAGAUUGCAGCCCUAUGGCCUUGGUGGAAGAAGGGGGCAGCAGGCCAGCAGGGCGGGGCUUGGCCGAGUGGGAGUUGCAGGGCCCUGCCAGCCUCCUCCUAGGCAGGGGGCAGAGCCCCGUGUCCCCUGAGACUUCUUGCUUCUCUACUCUACAUGACUGGUAUGGCCAGGAGAUUAUGGAGCUGAGGCGGGUGUGGCUGCAGAGUGCCCAGGGGAGCCAGCCAGAAUGUGAGGAACGGGAUAGGCCCUGAGCCUGGGCCCUUCGGGUUCAGCCCUUGUCCUGCUGGUCAGGACACCAGGGCCAGUGCUUUUUCAAGAGUUUAAUGUUUACUGGUUUCUGAAGUUGCUGUUGGAUGUGAGUUCUCCCCUUCCUAUUUUUUAGGCUUGCUCCAGGUUCCAAAUCCACCCUCACGCCUAGAGGGGACUGAGGAAUCAUUAACUUUCAACCCCUUUAUUUCCUGAGGGCCAGAGAGGAGAGGUGGCUUGCUCAGCAGCCACAGACCUAGGUCUCGUGACUGCCCCUCUCUUAGCGGAUAUUAAUGAAAUGGAGGAAGUGGGGAAUAUUACAUGACCACAGGCCGCUCUGCCUUUCACCUACACACGAUUCUACAGACACAAUUUCCAACAUGGGGAAUCUUGUAUAAAUACCAGAAGUUGGCUGCAGUGUUGGCUUGAGGGACUGAUAUUGUCAGAAAAAGUGGAUUUACUGUGUUAUGGGGCUUUCUGGAGCCCGGCUCAUCCUGAGUGAUGAGAAGAUUGGGCAUGGGACCCCCACUCUGCAAUUUGGACAGGACUCUUUGGAGGGAGAGGGCACUUGGCCAGUCAAGAGGGAUUUAUCCUGCUCCGAAAGCGUUAGGGCCCCAUCUUCUUUCCCUGGCUGCCCUGUCAACAGAUGGUGCUUGGUCAUUGCCCCAGGAGGGCCAGUAGCUUUUAUAUGUCAGCAGAAAUCCUUCCUGUACUGUGUCCUCAGCUGCCAAGUGGGAAGCUGAAGUGGGGAGGCAGUGAGGAUCCCUGGGAAAGCCAGUUUCUUACUUUGGUGUUCAGUCCUGGGCCUCUAGGAGCUUGGGCACAGGCUUCCUGGCACACUGUGAUAAACUCUUCUCUCUUGGCUGGACCCCCAGAGAGAUGCUCCUCAUCCUGAAACCCCCUAGGAACUCGUGCAUAGUCUUGCUUGGCACCCAGUGUGUGCCUGCCAAGAUCCUCUUGUUCCUACUCUCACCAGCAUGGUGCCAAGCAUUUGCUUUAUCGAUUGUUCUGAGAGGAAAAGUGGCUGGUUGGACAGAGCCAGAGGCCAGAUCAGCCUGAUAGCCUAGGGGUGUGGUGGCAGUGGCUGGAUGGAAGAUGCAGAGCCUGGUCCAGUCAUCCCUCUCCUCCGAUAUACACAAUCUCCCCCUUCUUAGCCUCUCUCCCUUAUUGGGGCCUUGGGCAGCCUGAGCUAGAGGCUUCGGCUCAGAGCCUCUUAAGUCCAGGAGGCUGACAUGCCGUCCAGGGUCCUGGACCAGUUCCUAGGAAGCCAGGCCUGUUUCCCAAGAAUAGGGGCCACCUCCCCAGCCCUGUAUGGGAGCCCCACAGCCCCGAUGCGUCUUGUUUUAUACACAGACACUACGGGCUUUUUGUUAUCUUGCUUAUUGUUACAGUGCUUUUCAUACGAUUAAAACAUUAUGAUUUUUUUAUUACUUA